UAGUCAGUCACUUCCUGUUUACGUUUCCACAAAUGACGUCACGCGGAUACCAUUUAACAGACAGUUUCAAAACCGAAACAGCGGAUAACUUGAGAAACAACUCUUCAAUGUUCUUGUGACGGCUGGUUUAAAAUAUCGUCUAGUUUACCUACGUACUGGAACAUCGUGGAGAUUGAACGACCUACGUUUUCAACUGUUCUGCUCAUAUUUGAGGACCCGGAGGAAGCUAGCCGGGCUGCUAAGUGAAGCUAACGUUAAGUAGGUAGCUGGGAGCUAGCUAGCCAGUUAGCAACAUUAACUCAACAGGACUUCAUCUUUAAACCGAGUGCUCAACAUCUGUUAGUAUGGAGAAUAAAUAUAACCUCAAGAGUCCAGCGGUAAAGAGGCUGAUGAAAGAGGCUGCUGAACUGAGGGAUCCCACAGAGCACUACCACGCCCAGCCACUGGAGGAUAACCUCUUUGAAUGGCACUUCUCCGUACGUGGGCCCCCAGAUUCCGAUUUCGAUGGCGGGGUUUACCACGGCAGGAUCGUGCUUCCCCCAGAGUACCCAAUGAAGCCCCCUAGCAUCAUCCUCCUCACGCCGAAUGGAAGAUUUGAAGUUGGAAAGAAAAUUUGUUUGAGCAUCUCUGGCCACCAUCCGGAGACCUGGCAGCCUUCUUGGAGCAUCCGAACUGCCCUAAUAGCUAUAAUCGGAUUCAUGCCAACAAAAGGAGAGGGGGCGAUAGGAUCUCUUGAUUAUACUCCAGAAGAGAGGAAGGCCCUUGCCAAAAAGUCCCAGGACUUCUGCUGUGAGGCGUGUGGCUGCUCCAUGCGCUCUGCCCUCCUGGCUCUGACCCCCAACAGCAACCCCAGCGCAGAGGACCACAAGGCUAAAGAGCUGGCCCAGCAAAUCAACUUCAAGGAAGAGUCCAGUUCAUCCAGACAGGCAAGUGAGAGUGGAGGUGCAGAAAGCGAGCCUUCCACACCCACCCAGGAAGACACCUCCACGUCUGCAGGCCAGGAAGCUUCUGAAGAGCCCCGGGCUGAGCAGGCAGAGGCGUCUCCAGCCACAGGAAUAGACGGGCCCCAGCCCCCUGCGGCCCCCAUCGUCGGCCGCCCGCUCAGCCCCCGGCAGCGUCGUGCCCAGCAGCACAGCCAGCAGGGCCAGAGAGACGGCAGAGAACCGGCCAGCAGGCCUGUCUUCGCCCCGACUCCUCGCCAACCUCAGGAUGGAAGCCGCGCAGGCUCGGUAGCCCUCAUCGUGGUGCUCACUCUGGCCCUGGCCGCACUCAUCUUCCGCAGGAUCUACCUGGCUCACGAGUACAAGUUUGACUACGAGCUGUGACCACACACUUGGCCGCCCCUCCUCCUCCCGCUCAAGUUCCCCCCCCCCCCCACACCCUGCUACCACCCUAACAGAACUAUGGCCAGCCGAAGUGGAACCAGAGCCGAGGCGGUGGCUGACACUGGCUUCCUGCGCUCCCUGUUUGUCAGCAGAGGGUUCGGUCUCCGCUGGGGGGGGGGGGACUUUCAUUCCUGCAGAGGAGGCGCUCCCACUCUCCACAACACCUCCAGGGUGUCUUUUAAUCAAUGUGAAUUUUACUCUCCAGAGUGUCAUGCAUUUUUAAGAAUGGGAAGCUUUGUUGCGCUUGUGAUCAGUUCAGCAACUACGCACGCCACACGUACCCUUCCAUAGAAUUGUUCUGUCCGAGUGCUGCCGCUUGUUCCCAUUAUUUAAUUGAAACUGUAAUAUAUGUCAACAAGGUUAUGGGGGACUUUUGUAUCAAAGUAAUUAAGUAAUCAUGGAAGCAUCUGCACAAAGUGUAUGUGCUAUAAUUCUUUUUGUGCUGUAACUUUGGUCUGUUUGGUCAGGUCAGUCACACCAUGCAGGGCUCUAUUUCAAGUGUGCAAAUGCAACAUCCACUGUGUAGUUGGUAUGGAAUUUAAGUCUUAAUUCCGUAUCUCACGUCGGAAAUGGAUCAUAUUGUGAUUUAUAUAU